AUGGCCGAUCUGAAAACCUGGGCAGCUCCUCGUCUCUCCGCCCUCCUCCCGCUCGAUGCAGAUUCUCUUUCGCAGGUGAUUGAGUACGCUGCCAGCCUCUCUAAAGAAGCAUGUGCGGACCACCUCAAAAACCUCCUCGGCGACUCUCCAGCAGCUCUGGAAUUUAUUUCCUCGUUCAAUUCGCGCAGACAACCCCAGCGACCACCUCAAGAACCCGCCGCAUCAAGCGAAGAUGCAACGAGAUCAGGCGGAGGUGCCAAGAAGGGCAAAAAGAAGGCUCCUUUGCACAACGCUGGCCCACCACGUCGACCCGACAAUUAUGGCGAUGUAGCCGGUGGCUACAAGAAAGCCGAUGAAGAAGACUAUAUGUCUUCUCGCAAACCAACCGCUCCAACCCUCGCACCAUCACAACAUGCCGGCUCGUCCUCGUCGCACCUUCCCUCUCCCCUACCGACAUCAUCCCCGAAGCCACCACCAUCUGCAAGUGGCCCCACAAUAUCAGACAUGUUACCAAAUGUACGGUCAAAAACCAGCAAGUCGAAACGACAGGGUUUGGGGGCAGGUUCAUCUUCCAAGGGCAAUGCAGCUCUCACAACCAACGACAUCUCCGACCUCACCGCGGCUAUUGCCGCAUUGGAGGUAUCGACGAACCCGAGUUUAGGUGAGAGACGCAAAUGUACCUGUUACGGGUUACUACACCCCGUAUUCGAGGCGGCGCCCAACUGCCUCAACUGCGGGAAAAUCAUCUGCUCGCUCGAGGGCCUACAGCCAUGCUCAUUUUGUGACACACCAUUACUGUCUGCCGAAGAAGUGCAGGGUAUGAUCCGGGAAUUACGGGCGGAGCGCGGACAAGAGAAGAUGCGCGUGCACAAUGAGGGUGUCCAUCACGAGGGUGGACCUAUGCCUACUUUGGGGUCCGAACCCAGCAAGCUGGAUGCUGCCAGAGCACACCGGGACAAGCUGCUGCAGUUCCAGGCCCAAAAUGCCCGUCGGACUAAAGUUGUUGAUGAGACAGCUGAUUUCGAGACGCCGAAUGUCGCUUCCACUUUGUGGAUGACUCCCACUCAACGAGCGCUGGCGCUUAAGAAGCAGCAGCGCAUUCAACGAGAGCUGGACGAGAAGGCUCGUCCUGAGUGGGAGAAGAAGAAGACUGUGAUGAGUCUUGAUAUCAAAGGAGGAAAGGUCCGUCGAGUCUAUCAUACCGCCCCGGCAGAUUCAGCCCCAGAGCCCAGUGAACCUGAGACUGCGGAGGAAGGAGAUGCUGGAGAACCUCCGCGUGGAGAACAUGCGUUCAGUCGCAACCCUCUUCUUGCAGCUGGUGGUCUUAUGCGGCCAGUCUGGCGUGCCCCUGAGGGCCAGCAGACGGAGGCAACACGGUCAACCGAAAGGAAACAGACAUGGAGACGUGUGCAAGACGACAACGAUGACAACGAGCAGUUGAUCCUGGACGGAGGAAUUCGCGGGCAUACCACCGAAGUCUAA